CAAAUAAAAACAGAGCACCGCUUGCCACAUCUGGUACAAAUCUGAUUAAUAUAAAAUUAGAAAACAAUACUUUAACAGAUGAACCUCGAAUAUUAAAAUUCGGCCUUCUUAACAUUAGAUCGCUUACCAAUAAAGAACCUAUUGUCAAUGAAAUAAUUACAGACCAAAACGUAGAUGCACUCUGUUUAACAGAAACCUGGCUUAAAGCAGACGACUACAUUAGUUUAAACAAAUCCACCCCACAAGACUAUUAUUAUAAACACGAACCUCGAUUAAAGGGGAGAGGGGGUGGUGUAGCUACAAUAUACAACAACAUUUUUAAAGUAAACCAAAAAUCUGAAGUAAAAUUUAAAUAAUUUGAACUAAUGUUGUUAAAUAUGGAAAUAACUGAUCGUAACCCCAAACAGCUCUCUUUUGCCUUAGCUACAAUCUAUAGACCUCCGGGCCACCAUGCAGAUUUCCUUAAAGAAAUAGCAGAUUUCCUGUCUGAGCUUGUAGUCACUGUAGAUAAAGCUCUUAUCGUUGGUGAUUUUAAUAUUCAUGUGGAUAACCCAAAAGAUGCAUUAGGACGUGCGUUUAUGGAUGUUCUAAAUUCUCUCAAUAUUAGACAAAACGUGUCAGGGCCUACACAUACUCGUAAGCACACAUUAGACUUAAUUCUGUCACUCGGACUCAAUAUUAAUGACAUCAAAAUAUCACCUCAGAGUGAUGCAGUUUCUGACCAUUACCUUGUGUCAUACACUGUACCUCUAGAUAGGAUCACUCAAUCCACAACAUGCUACAGAUUAGCCAGAACAAUAAUUUCCACCACUAAAGAUAGCUUUAUUAGCACUCUUCCAGACCUGUCCCAAAUUAAACAUGUAGCAGAUAACUGUGACGAUCUAGAUACUGUAAUAGAAAACCUAAACAAUGUCUGUUCUAACACAUUGGAUGCCGUUGCUCCCAUUCGAAAAAAUAGAAUCAAAGAAAAACCGCCAGCUCCAUGGUAUGACCAUCACACCGCAGCACUCAAAAAGGCAACUAGGAAAAUGGAAAGAAAUUAUAGAAGCACAAAGUUAGAGGUAUGGCGUGCAGCAUGGAAAGAGAGUGUUAAACACUACAGACAGGCUAUUAAAACUGCCAGAUCUACCUAUCUUAGCAAGCUUUUAAAUGAGAAUCAUAAUAACCCUCGUUUCCUCUUCAGCACAGUUGCAAAACUGACUAGAAACAAAGAACAAACAGAAACCAAUAGUAAACUUCAACACAAUAGUAACGACUUCAUGAACUUCUUUUCUAACAAAAUUACGGCUAUAAGGGAAAACAUCGUAGCUACCCAGGCAGCCACCACUCUACCCAUUAGUUCACUUAACACUAGACUACCAUACGAACAUCUUGAUUCAUUUAAACCUACUACAAUAGAUGAGCUCUCUAGACUAUUCAAUUCAAUAUGCAGGUCGGGACUCAAUAGGCAAGGGUAA